UUCCCAUCCGACGGUGGACAACCGCCGGGUCCCGCACCGCGCCGAGAGCGAAGGCAUCGUAAACCGCGCGCAUCGCUCCCUCCGCCCGGCUUUGAAACCUUUCUCGUGCUCCCGCGCGCGUUCGCCCUGUGCGUCCGUGCUCUGCGUCCACGGGCAUGGGCAUGGGCAUGGACGCCACCCUCUUCCCCUCUCGCCUCCUCCCCCUGCUCCGCCUCGUUGUCGUUGUGGCCGUCUCAGUCAGGUUCGCGGGCGCGGCGCCGCUGGACCCGCAGCAGCUGCUGGCGCUGCGCUCUCUCGGCCUCGGCGCGCACCGGGCGGCGGACCCCUGCGGCGCGGACGCCGUGGGCGCGGUGAACGCGUCCUGCGACGCGGGGGCGCCGUUCCGGCGCGUGACGUCGCUCGCCCUCACCAACUGCUCCGACACCACCUCCGUCUCGGCCGCGGCGCUCGAGGCGCUCGCGACGUCCCUCCGGGCGCUGGCUUUCUCCGACUGCCCGGCCGCGCCGCCGCGGCUCCUCCCCCCGGAGCAGCUCGCAGCUGGCCUCAGGGCCUUCUCCUGCAUCGCCUCGCUCCACCGCCUCUCCGCCGUGUGGCUCUCCCACCUCACUAACCUCACAGAGCUCACCGUCGCGGACACGCCCCUCGCGACGGGCUCGCCCACGGAGCUCGCCGUCGUCGUCUCCCACAUGGAGCACCUCACCCGCCUCACUAUCUCCAACGCCAACCUCUCCGGCUUCCUCCCGCACCACUGGCACUGCCCCAACCUCACCCAUCUCGACCUCUCCGGCAACCGCAUCACCGGCGCCAUCCCGGACACCCUCACACUCCUCGGCGGCAUCACCCACCUCAACCUCAGCUCCAACGUCCUCGAUGGGCAGAUCCCCACCUCCAUCGGCGACCUCAUUUCGCUCACCACCAUGGACCUGUCCAACAACUCCCUCUCCGGCGGUAUCCCGGACACCGUCUCCACGCUGCCGGAGCUGGAGGUGCUCAACCUGGGCUCCAACCGCCUCAACGGGAGCAUACCUCUGUUCUUGGUCGAGAUGAGGGGGCUCAGGGAGCUCAACCUCGAGAACAACGACUUCGACGGCGUGGUGCCGUUCACCGCUAAGUUCCUGUCGAGGCUGCGGGUGUUCCGGGCCGCCGGGAACGGCAAGCUGUGCUACAACAGGUCAGUGCUGUCCGCCGAGAUCGCCGAGGGCGUGGCGCCGUGCGACAAGUACGGGUUCCCGGUGCUGCCGCCGCCGGCGACGGCGCGGUCGGAGCGGAGCGCUGACUACGACGACGGCAGCGGGGACGGGGACGCGGACGGCGGGGCCGACGCGAGGGGCGGGCCCAGCGCGGCGGUGCUCGGGGUGGCCAUCGGGCUGUCGUGCCUGGCGUUCUUGGUCAUCUUGCUCGUCUGCCUCUGCAAGGUGUGCCGUUGAUGCGCGGCACUCCGUGUCGCGUGCGAUUUGUUGAUGCCUCUUUCUUUUGCUGAGUUGGUUAAUCGGCUUUGCUGCUGUCCUGUGUACCGUGGAAAUGUAUGAACUAGUCUUAGCUAGGACCAAUUGAUUCUUAUCUAUUUUUUGGCGCUGUUCUUCGCUCUUGGUCGGGUUUAAAUGUUUUAAGACCUUGAAUCGGGAGCAAAGAACAGCUAUAUACAAACGAACGUCUUCCA